AUGACAUAUAAAAACCCAUGUCCGAAGAUUACAUUUACCGACAAUGUUAUCGAAGAGGCGCUAAAAAGUGGUCACAAUUAUACUAAUCAAUUGAAAUCAAUUGAAGAUAUCAUUGAUUCAAAAGGUUUGUUCAUCGAUACGACCAAAAUAUCUGCCGCCGCCCGACAUGUCAUACCCUCACAAAACAGACACCAUUUACGGGAAAUUCAUGAAAAUCAGCGAUUUUUCGAAGAAGUUUCCCGACAUCUCAUUAAAAAUUAUAGUUUAAGUGGCGAUGAAGUCCAAGCCUUACGGCACAGUAAUGUCGAACAGCAUAGACUUGUGCGCCGAAAGCGCCAGACAUGUCGUUCCCAACAACCGAUCAAUUGUUUUCGUAGCCGUUUUCGUACGUUUGACGGCAGCUGUAAUAAUGAACGCAACCCCCGAUGGGGAAAGUCGUUUGAAUGUGUGGCCCGACUAUUGGAUCCCAACUAUGCCGACGGAGUGUCCGCUCCCCGAGUUUCCCGAUCGGGUCGACCGUUGCCCAAUCCGCGUAGUCUAUCGGUAGCCAUACACCCGCAAGAGGAUGUCAGUGCCAACUUUAGCCAUAUGGUGAUGCAAUUUGGCCAGUUUCUCGACCACGACAUAUCACUGUCACCGGUAACCCAGUUGCGUACCGGCGGCGUCCAGUGCUGUCCCCGACCGACACAUCCGGAUUGUUUCGAGAUUCCAGUUCCCGGGAAUGACCAGUUUUUCAAUCGGAUGGGCCAACGGUGUAUUAAUUUUGUCCGAUCCGUACCGUGCGAAUCGUGCCGUACUGGUCAUCGGUUGCAGCUGAACGAGUUGACCGCUUUUAUCGAUGCCAGCAAUAUCUACGGCAGUAGUAUUAAUGAAUCGUUUGGGCUCAGGGAUAAAAAUGGUUUAUUAGCCGUCGGUUUUGAUAAGUUUCGGCGACCAAUAUUACCGCCAAGUAAUAACAUCGGCAACGAUCAGUGCAGUCGACCCAAUAAGCUAUGCUUCCGGGCGGGCGAUAACUCCCGGGUCAAUCAGCACCCGGCUCUCACAGCACUUCAUACAAUUUGGAUGAGACAACACAAUAGGGUUGCCUCGGCUAUCAAACAAUUAAAUCCUUUAUGGGAUGGCGAGCGUGUAUAUCAAGAAUCCAGACGUAUAAUCGGUGCCCAAAUGCAAAUGAUUACAUACAAUGAAUUUUUGCCAAUAGUUUUGGGACCAAAAGUCAUGCAAUUUUACAAAUUAAAUGUCCAAACAAAUGAUAACAACACCAACAGCUUUACCCGAUAUGACCCGUCGGUAAAUCCGUCAAUUUUGAGUGAAUUUUCAUCGGCUGCCUUCCGUUUCGGCCACAGUAUAGUAAACGGUAGGUUCAGUUUGAUUAGCUCAUCCACACCGUCCCAGAAAUCGUCGUUCAAUUUGCGGGACAACUUUUUUACCGCCAAUCGUAUGCAUUCCGGCCAAAUGGAUGCCAUAUUAAGAGGACUGGUAGGUCGCAGUGCCCAACGAUUUGAUCCGUUUUGUCAUGGUGAUCUGCGCAAUCAUCUAUACCAACAGCGGGGACAGUUAUCCGGAUCGGAUUUACCAGCGAUGAACAUACAGCGCGGCCGGGAUCACGGACUACCCGGUUAUGUACAUUAUCUUAAGCAUUGUUUUAAAGAAGAUAUCAAAACAUUUGAACAAUUGGAUCAGUAUAUGCCGUCGAGUCAAAGACAACGAUUCCAGCAGAGCUACCAACACGUCGAAGAUAUCGAUUUGUUUUCGGGCGGUAUAUCCGAGUUGCCGCUGUCGGGUGCUAUAGUCGGACCAACAUUUGCCUGUAUUAUUGGUACACAAUUUAAUCAUUUGAAAUAUGGCGAUCGUUUCUAUUUUGAACAUAAAGGACAACCCGGCUCAUUUACUUCUGGUCAACUAAAGGCCAUUCGCGGUACACUAUUUGCACGUAUUGUUUGUAUUAAUGGCAAUAAUUUUAAGGAAAUUCAUUCACAUAUUUUCCAAUUAAAUAGCGAUAGCGACCCUAUAAUAUCAUGCGAUGACAUACCCGAUAUCGAUAUAAGCCAAUGGCGAGAUGCUUAA